AUGGUACUUUGACAACCCUAACUCAACUCAACUCUCAUCAUCUGACCACAACUUGUGGCCUUGUCAGCCCUCACUCUCACAUAUGGGUCACCCCAUUUCUUCUUCAUCAAUCCCUCAUCCUCUUCCUCUUUCUCCUCUCUUUCUUCCUCUCUUUCUCACCUAAACAAACUCCUCCCCCUUCUCUCAAAUCUUUUCACCUUUUUUGUUUACGCCUUAAACUCCAUGGACAAGACCAGUGAAAGAGAAACUCUUGACUUCAUGAACGUAGAAUCUUUCUCUCAACUCCCCUUCAUCCGUCCGGCGCCUCCCUCGUUGAAUAAAGAAAAGGGCAUUCGUCUCUUCGGAAAAGAAUUCGGCACCGGCUAUAAUACAUCUGCAGGCGGCGCUGGAGAUGAUUACUCUGAAUCAGCUGAAACAAAUAACGAGGAGGCUUCAAGUCUCAAAGAGAUUAACGAGAAUAGUAUCAAUAACAAUAAUGUAGAUAACAGUCGAAGAUUCGAAUGUCAUUAUUGUUGCAGAAACUUCCCAACAUCACAAGCCUUAGGCGGCCAUCAAAACGCCCACAAACGAGAGCGCCAACACGCGAAAAGAGCGCAUCUUCAAUCGGCGAUGGUGCAGAAUUCGUUCUCCGAAGCGCAUGUUUACGGCUUAAUGAACUACCGCCUCGGCUCCACGCCACCUCCGACGAUAAAUUAUCCUUCAUGGAGCAGCAACACCAGCACUUCAAGUAACAGUAACAUCACCAGGUUUUACAGCAGCCAUAAUAGCAGCUCGUAUAGUUCGCAGCCGCCGAUCAACGGCAGCCCGUUGGGGCUGUGGCGAAUCCCUGCCGUACAGAGUAAUGGUAGUUUCAAUCGUGACCGUUCGAUGCAUCCUUUGCCAUUGUUUGCUUCUGAAGAAUUGAGAUCUCAUCAUCAUCAUCAUCAAGUGGUUGUUAAUGGCGGCUCCAACGGGCAAGGGCGGUUCGUUUAUGAGUCGAAACCAAGCGGGCAAGACCAAGUAAGUUUGGAUCUACAUCUGUGAUAUUAGAAUUACUAUUAAUAUUAAUAUGAAUGUUAAUUCCUUAAAUUAACUUCUGAUGAAAGAGAAUUUGAGACGAUUAAUUAA